AAUACACAAACACUGGUAUACGAAAUUACAGUAUUAUAACAUCAGCAUAAUUGUAUUCCACAGAAUUAUUCAAAGAACAAAGUCUAGCGUAAUUAUUAAUAUGGGUGUUAAGUUAUACAUUAUCACUGUAGCUGUGUUGAUUAUUUUUCACGAUGCCGAAUCUGAAUCCAUUUCAGAUGAUAUACGUAAUCAUUUGGGCUCUAAAACCCCCUACAGGUUUAAAUACCUUAAAGAUGACUCCAAGAUCAAGUUUCCCGGGUGUGAAAGUACUAAAAUGUGGAUGGUUAUACGCCAUGGAUCCAGGUUGCCAAGUGACGAAGAUAUAGCAGAUAUGAACACAACUUUAAAAGAGUUCUCUCAACAGAUUUUAUCAGGACACAAGGUUGGAAAAGGUCAAUUAACCAAGGAGCAAUUAUCACGAUUUGCAAAUUGGUCAAGCAGUAUAGAUAUAACCAAGGAAAAGGACCUAGUAGAUGAAGGCAGGGAUGAAAUGACCCAGUUAGCUAAGAGGAUGCAUAAAAGAUUUCCCAGUAUUAUUAAGAGUAAAUACAACAGUGAUACUUAUGAGUUUCGUUCCACUCCUACAGAAAGAGCGGUGGAAAGUGCCAAGAGUUUUGCAAUUGGACUGUUUGACAAGAGUGCGCCAAAAGUCAUUAUAACAAAGACAGGCAAAGGAGACCCCGUGUUACGAUUUUACAAACACUGUGACAACUGGCAAAAGCAAGUUAAGAAAAACCCAAAUACAUACGCAGAGCAAAAGAAAUUGGGGAAUAGCCUGCUAAUGAACCAAACUUUGGAACAAAUUACACAAAAAUUGGGUCUCGAUAACACUAUUGAUUUAGCUGCAGCAGGUUUGAUGUACAAGGCCUGUGCGUUCGAGACUGCGUGGUGGAAAGGCUAUGUCGCGCCUUGGUGCUUUGCCUUUGAUAAGAACACUAUAAAGGUACUGGAGUAUUACUAUGAUCUGAAGCAUUAUCUAAUGGAUGGUUACGGAAACGAACUUACCAGUCAGACAGCCUGCGAGUCUGUCAAGAAUAUGUUUGAACAUUUAACAUCGAAAACCGGACCUAACGCUUCAUUCCUGUUCGCCCAUUCCGGGACUUUGCUAAAGAUCCUGACGCAUAUGGGUUUAUACAAGCCGGAGUCGCCAUUGACUGGAGACUAUAUCCCGGAGGACAGUGUUUGGAGACUGUCGGAAAUUGAUUGCUUCGCUUCUAACUUAGCAUUUGUUUUGCUUGAAUGCAAAGACGGCCAUCAUAUCUUGACACUUCACCAAGAGCGAGUGGUCAGACUCCCGGCUUGCGAAAAGGAGCUGUGCCCCCUCGAUCGUUUGAAGCAGGUCUUCCACGAUACCAUACAUAACUGCGACCAUGCGGCCAUUUGCAAAUACAAUAGUAGUAACGACGAGUUAUGAACAAAUUAUAAAGGCGAUGACAAAUGAGGUACUUAGGUACAUACGUCACGGAAAGAUAGCAGUGCAUUUUC